UGUAGGAGAGAGAGCAGCUCAAAUAAAAGGAGCAAUAGUAACAUAGUGUUGUUGUUGUUUAUAAUUUAGGUUGGGAUAGGUUCCUCAUAAGAGUAAUAUAAGUUCUAUAAUUCUCAAUUUAUGAAUCAGAACGGCGACUAGGUAGUACAGUGCCCCCUCAGCCAUACGCCACUCUUAUAAUAUCCGAUUAUCGGAUGUUUGAGGCUAUAUAACUACUCGAGAGAAUACUUUAUUCUAUCCCCGCAGAAGGAAACAUACUUCUCAUCAGCCAGCCUCUAAUUUCGAUCAGCAUUCCAGAUGGGGUCAGCUCUUCAGUCCACUGAUAUCGAGAACAAGCUGGAGGACUUGUCCGGAGUGAUUCUGAAACCAGGAGAGAAUCCUUACAAUGCCUUGAUAGAGACCUGCGAUGGUGAACCAGCGAAAAUCCAGAAGCUAUAUGCUGUCCACCGCGUCAAGCGUAACGCGCAACAGAGGGCUAAAUUUCUCGCCUCUGACUACACGGGACUAAUCAUAGAUCAGUACCUGCUGCGAUUGGAAAAUCCCCAGAUAGAGCCUAGCUUUGACCCAAGAUAUUGUAUGACCUUCUGGGGUCGACCUCCCAUCCACGUACUAGAACUCGCAGAAGCAAUUCAGAAUAGGCUCAAAGCUGUUGCGCCAGGAAUCUGGCUCAUGCCCCUCCACCGCAUGCACAUCACCACGCUAGAAGUAGCUUUCUCCCGCACAGCCGCCGAGAUCGAAGCGCUCAAGGAGACGCUAAAACCCGCCAUCCCGCACAUAGCGAGCUACACGCACCGCCACCGGUCGCGGCUCGUCAAGCCCAUGAUAUCGUACGACCUGUCCGCAUUCGCGCUAUCGUUCCUCCCAGCUGCCAGCGAGCCACCACUCUCGCCCGCCCCGGUGGCUCCCGACAGCGUCGAGGUGCUGCGGCAAGGCGACUCGUACACGUACCACCACCUACGGCGGGAUAUGUGGGAUCAGGCCAAGGAUGCCGGCGUAACGGUCAGCUCGCGGUAUAUUGUGCCGAGCGCGCAUAUAACUCUUGGUCGGUAUCUUACGGAUGCGGACCACGCGACGCCCGAGCAGAGGCUGAAGUGGGUUGAUGCGAUUGACGAGAUCAAUGCGUGGUUGGAAGCAGAGGUGUGGGAUAAUGCCGAUUCAAGGUUGAUCGGGGAAUGGGUCGUUGGUCAGGAGAAGGGCUUGGACGUGCGGGUCGGUACGCUAUGGUAUGGUGGCGGUCGGACAGUUCAGGUGGGUGAGGGUUUCUAGGUACUUAAUUAGACAUUAGACCAAGUUACCUGAAUCAAUAUGGCAGGUCAGUCUCCAGUUGUCCAGCCGUGGGCUUCCCUAAAUAUCAAAUUCAUCCAUAAAAGAUUCGGGACCAGAAAUUAUACUGCUUAAGUCCGGGGGAGGGACGGUAAAAAAUGACAUUCAUAUUUCUAUGUUGCAGAGAAUAAUUAGAGUCAAGGUUGGACGAGAACACUCGGGUCACAGAAUGUGAUGGAUUAACGAUUCUAUGCUCAGAUACCGGGUAUUCCCACGCGUUAUGGCAUCAAAUAUCGUAAUCGUAGAGAAGGCAUCAAGCCAGCAUCCCUACUGUCAAGAGCAACAAGCCCAUUGACCUCUCGCUGCCUCUCCACUCCUAGCAUUUUGUCACAUACGGCAUAACGAAGUUCAGAAGAGCAGAUUCGGUUCUAUUCUGACCUAUGUGCUGCUCCCAUUCCGAGUAUCAAAGACUCCCGUCGCCAGUGAAUGCCCGGCCGUAAUGAACCACCCUAUUGCCAUGAAUGAAGAACGUGCACAAUGACUCGAGUAGGAAACGCGUUUAGAACACCAGAGCGGCGCCCUUUGUCUUCUUGUCACCACUAGAAGCUUA